AUGGAAUCACCGAGAAGAGGAGUAGAAGGCGCUGCCAGAGUACCUUUCUUGGGAACGUUGCCCGAAGAAGAGUGGGAGGUGCAUCAUAGAGACCAUGAAAAUAGGACGGGAUGCCGAAUGGAAGAGGUUUGGACAGUAGCUCAGAGCUAUGGAACCCAGUCUAUUUUGAAACUAGGUCUCAACCGACCACUAAUGCGACGAGCUGCUGAGAACGAGUUUGAUGGUGGUGUGGGAACUAAUGAAACCAUCAUGAUGUCCGAGUCCCAACACCGAUUUGAUAUAACGAGCGACACAAGAUCCUCUAAGGGCAACGGAGAAGACAAGGUAGAGUUGCCUGGCUGGGAACCAGAGGACUGGGUCAAACCUGGUAGCUGUCUGGCAGAAGUCUGUGCCUUGGAAGGUCACAUCUGUGGAGAUCUUUUCGAGACAAUGUGCAAAAUCUUGAACAUUCCGAUGAAAGUGAAAAAGAUAUGGACCAGAAGACGACUGAUGCCAUGGUUUAGAGCCAACAUGACUGCAUGGUUGUACGAGUAUGCCAAAAAGCGUGUGUCGAAGCACAGCAGAGUGUACAGUGCGUAUCAGCUGGACAUUGGAGUAGGAGCUUUUAAGCAAGCUUUUGUAACUCAUCGGAAUGCAGUGACCACCGCCGUGAAGAGAACUUCUAGAACAAGUGAAUGUGACGGAAGGGAAAAAAAAGAGAUGUUGAAGGAAGACUUGGAGAGAAACGGGACGUUGCGCCUCCACAACAGCUUCUGCCGAAACAGAGAAUCUAACAAUCUUUAUACCUACUCGCAGUAUAACUACGAUUCGUUCUUCUCUGUGUACAGUGACAACAUUGGAAAAAGGAGCCAGUUUGAAGAGUUAUCACCUAUACUGCCUAUUGACGUUGUCUACACUUGGGUCAAUGGAUCUGAUACAGAAUUAAUGCUUCAAUUACGUGAAGCCAAACAAGAUCUAAUCAAAAAAGGGUUAAUAGCCGAAAUGAAUAUAUCAGGAGAAGGUCAUAUAUACUCAAAGCAUCGGAACCCUCAGACUAACGAAACAUCCCUGAAGUGUCUGCUGAAAGAUUGUGUGCCAUCCAAAUUCAUCGUAUUCGAAACAAACGAGAAACAUUUGAAAGUGAACAAGGAAGUAGUGAUCAAUGCUUUCCCAGACGCUUCGACUGCUCUCCGUUUUAUUACAAUCGAAGAAGAGUUCGCCGAUUUCAACAAAACCAACUUCAUCAUUGCGGAAAUAAUUCACGACUCAAGUCGAGAGAGGAUUUUAAGGAACCCCCGACAAAACAAUAUCAUCGCGCAACAGGCAUAUUUGACGACAACAACUAUGAUAGAAGAAGCUCUUCCAUGGUCCGAAGCGAUUGUUUUCAGCAAUUUGCAGCCAAACAUGGAACAGGAGCACCAACUGUCCCACACACUUCCCACAGACGCAUCCAAAGGGCUAGUCAAGGUCGAAGUUAACAAAGAUCACAAGAUCGCACUGAUGCAGUUCUUGCAGCGUGACUUUGCAGUUGACUCGCUGAAUUACUACUAUCAAAAUCCAGCUGUUUUGGGCCAAGUGCAAGUGAUAACAGACCCUGAAUGGCUCUCGCCGAGUCGAUUUGCCGACAACGAGGAGCUGCGAUAUUCUCUUAGAUCGGUAGAGAAAUUCGCUCCUUGGGUGCGACAUAUUUUCAUUGUGACAAAUGGCCAGGUGCCUGCUUGGCUCAACUUGGAAUCGUCCAGACUAACUAUUGUGACUCAUGCUCAAAUCUUUCCGCCUGGCGAAGGGUAUCUGCCGACUUUUUCAUCUCCAGCUAUUGAAAGUCAGCUGCACAAGAUUCCAGGUCUGGCCAAACAUUUUCUCUACUUCAAUGACGAUGUGAUGCUAGGGAAGCCAGUGUUCCCUCAAGAUUUCUUCACGCAUCAAUCUGGAUAUAAAAUCUACAGUGGAUGGCCUGUCCCUCCCUGUAAGGACGAGUGUCCCAAUGCGUGGAUUCACGACGGGUAUUGCGACGCAGCCUGCAACAACGCCCAAUGUGAGUUCGACGGCGGUGACUGUCGAGACCAGAACGCAAACAACAUCGGAGGCAAUCGAGACGGGCAGUCAGAAAUCGGCAGUGAUGACAGCUCGGGCAGUUCAGACGAGAGCUGUGCUGUAGGCUGUACAGAUUCGUGGCUUGGCGAUAAGUACUGUGACUCUGCAUCGGAGAAGAGUUUCGUGUUAAAUCUGACCAGUUACUCAGCGGCCAACAGAAUAAAUGCGAGUGAUGUAACUUUCCAGAAGAGCAGAUACGUGAGAACGGUUAAAAUGUUCGCUUCAAAGAAUCUAAUUGAGGUCAUCUUAAAACACACCGCCAAUCCCAUGGAUGGUCCCUUUGCAUGGCCUAUGCAGGUGAAAUUUGGAGAUUCAAAAGAUGAAGUCAGGCCAUCUAUAACAGCAAACUUCACUUUCAAGCCUGCUUUAAAAGGAAGAUUGGCCACAAUAUACUUGAAUAAGUCUGCUGAAGUGGGCAUAUUGAAGGUUGAACACAGACAACCAACCAUCCUCGCAAACAUACCAUUGGUUCCCUCUACUCACUUGGUGAAGAAUAUCACGAAGCCAGUAGUCAGUGCAAUAGAGAAGGCUCAUGUCUUGCCAAAAAAUGUUACUACGAUGCUGAACAAGGUGUUGGAGUUCUAUGCGAACAAAACUAUGACUCACUCCGUGUUCGAGCAAGUUAUAUUCGACAUCAUUCUUCCUUAUCAGGAAACACUGGAAAACUUUCUCCAUUCGGGCGAGCAUCUAAAGGAUCGCUCUGAGAAGAAUGUGGCGCUACAACUAGCGGGAGCUCAGAGAAUAGCCGUCGAUGUAGAUAAGAAACCAGAAAAUAUCCAACCGAAGUUGAAUAAUCUACAAGUUGAACAAAUUCCAAAUCAACAUGCACGGAAUGAUGAAGUUGACCAAAUGCAUAUGAAUAUACCCAAUUUACAACAGCAGCCAAUAGCGGCUGAAGAGCCUAGAGUGGGAGAUAAUCUGGGUGCAAAGGUAAACGAUGCUGAGCAAAACUUGGAACAGUACGUUGGACGUAAGCUCUUAGGAGUUGAAGUUGCACCUGGUCAAAUUAACAUUACUUCGGGCAAUUCGUCCGUUUCGAAAAAGAAAAGGGAGCUGACAAAAGACACGUUCAAAGAAUCACUCAGAUUUGUUAACAAAUUGUAUGACAAAGAAUUUGGAAGCUCUGGUCAGCGAAUGGUAAUAGCACACAUGCCUCAUUUCAUAAACAAAGAAAUCAUGACAGAAUUACAGACUCGGCUCCCAGCUGAAUUCGAAAGAACUGCCAAAAACAAAGUGCGCAUGGGAAACGACAUGCAAUUUGCCUUCUCAUACUUCCAAUAUAUAAUCAGCGUCAAAAAGAGCAGCGACUUCUUGGAUGUGUUUGAGUUCUUUGACUCAGAUAAAUCAGGGGUGCUCUCGGAUCGCGAGUUGCGGGUCCUGGCGACGUAUAUCUACCCGACUCCCAUAUCCUUGGAAACAAUGAACGAGUUCGAGAACAAUCUGAGAGAGUGCGCCAAUUCGAGGGCACAGUCGGGAGUUAUUGAGGACCCUCCUAGGAACCCGGAAACAUACUACUCUCAGAACAUGCCGCAAAUUACAGCACUUCUUUUGUUCAAUUGUAGAAUUAUGCUGGACAAAAUAACAAGUCACUUCAGCGCAGAUAUGAAAUACAAACACGAAAUAGUUCCUGAAGUCGAUAAUCACGUGAUGUUUAAAAUGUUGCCGACAAAUCUGAGUUCGUUGAUAACCAUGUUGGAUGAAGUUAGACACAACAGGAAGAAGUUCAUUUGUUUGAAUGACAAUUUCGACCAUCAGCAACAAGAUGCGCCCAUGGUCAGGGCGGUGAUCCAGGACUUCUACGAGGGUAUAUACCCAAUCCAGUCUCAGUUUGAGCUUCCGAGGGAGUACAGGAAUCGUUUUUUGCACCUGGACGAGUUGGAUGAGUGGCAAUCUUUCCGAUGGAAGCUCAAAUUGUGGUCUCAUGUUUUACUCGGAGUCCUCGUGGUCAUCUCGAUUGGAUCCUUCAUUCAGGAAAAGAUGGCCGCAAUGUAUGCGAAGGUGGCUCCUAAAAGACAUGACGUGCUUCCCAAAUGA